AUGGAUUUCCUUAGGCGAACCUUUGCCGAGGCUAGGCUGCGGUAUCAUGUAUCAAAAGUUUUUGUUGAAGCGAGCGCUACUCCUGCGAAGCUAUCGGCGGAGUUUCUCUCUUUGGUAGAGGAGCACCCCCUUGUUGUGCUGAGCCUCCUACGCGACCACCUGCAAACGGGUUCCCCACACGCGUACGCGUACCUUCAGCUGCUUGAGAAAAUAGUGGACGCCUGCAGCUUCUCUUUCCACGCAGCGAUGGCGACUGACCAUGCACUGCAAGAAAAAUUAGUUCAACUCGCUGUGACGCGGGUAGAGGGUGCAGAGAAGCGAAAGGUGCGCCGUUUGGCGCGUCUGACGCUGUUGGAGUAUUCGCGGAUGUUUGUCGACGUUCCCCAGCUGCGGAGCCUGGCAAGACUUGCGGGUUUGGUGGAGAAAUUGACCGGCAAGAGUUUGAUGCGGGCUCUUGCGGUUGAGAACAAGAAGGUUGCCUUCAUUGAUUUGCGACCGGAGGACAUCAUCCUGAUUAGUCCUGUGGAGGAGCCUCUUAAGGCCCUUCCAUCGCCGCAGCGAAAACACGCGGCGUGGCCCUGCCACGCUUGUACGUACGUGAACAGGUCACAAGCGACGGCGUGCGUUGUGUGCAAUACCCCGAAGGCAAAGCACGCUGCCUCCUCACUGGCCGACGAGCCAACGGGCGGGACAGCGCUCUCCGCGGCGGAAAUCCUUAACGGAACUUUGUGCCAUGAGAAAAGUGGCGGUAACGUAACUCCUCCUCGUCUCUCAACCGAGGAUGGCGCCCGGGCGCCAACUCCAAUUCGAGGUGGCGAAAAGAGUGAGGUCAAAGGGAAGGUUUUGGCGGAACAUGUCGCACCCGCGGCCGGAAAUCACGCCUGA